AUGGCCACAUCAGACUUAUCAGCGAGCGGCGCGCAGCCAAGCCCGGAGCUUGUAUGGGAACAAAUCCCCCUUGUUAUCUCCAACGUCAACAUCUCAAUCUCAACAUUUCGACGCCGAGGUUCUCUGGAUCCAAUCCUCUUCCUCCACGGCUUCGGCAGCACCAAAGAAGACUACACCGACAUCAACCUCCAUCCCUCCUUGUCCCAGUACCCAAUCAUCGCCUAUGAUGCACCGGGAAGUGGUUCCUCCACGAUCUCAGACUACUCCGUCAUCUCGAUGCCCUUCCUUGUGACCGUUGCCGAAACCAUCCUCAAGGCCUGCGGCGUAACGAAAUAUCACCUCGUCGGACACUCCAUGGGCGGCCUGACCGCUCUACUUCUUGCCCAGCGCAACCUUGGAUCCGUCUUGAGCUUCACGAACAUCAAGGGAAACCUCGCGCCUGAGGACUGCUUUCUCAGCAGGCAGAUUCUCGACUUUCCAGCCGAAGAUCCGGAGGUAUUCGUCGAAGAAUUCAUCGAGCGGACCCGCCGGUCUCCGUUCUUCGGCAACGGGAUCUACGCAGCCGCUUUCAGGGCCAAGGUCAGAACAGAGGCUAUUAGGCCCACAUUCGAGAGUAUGGUGGAGUAUUCGGAUCAUGGCGGCUUGCUGGAUAUUUUCGAGGGCUUGGCCUGCCCUAGGAUGUUCAUGUUCGGGGUCCAACACGCUACGCUGUCAUACCUUCCUAGGAUCUCCGAGGCUGGUGUCGAGUUGGCCGAGAUCCCCAGAAGUGGCCAUUUCGCGAUGUACACAAACCCGAUAGCAAUGUGGGAGCGCAUCGAGAGCUUUCUAGCUCGGACUCAGGGCCUUCGCGAGGUGUAG